AUGGCUUUAAUCAUUCGAAUAGCGAUGCAAUCUGCUGGGCUUUUAUUAUCUUUCCUGGGAUGGGUUUUAUCCAUUAUUACAACCUACUUGCCACAUUGGAAGAACCUCAACCUGGACUUGAACGAAAUGGAAAACUGGACCAUGGGACUCUGGCAAACCUGCGUCACCCAGGAGGAAGUGGGGACGCAAUGCAAGGACUUCGACUCCUUCCUGGCUUUGCCCGCUGAACUCAGGUUCUCCAGGAUUUUCAUGUUUCUGUCCAACGGGCUGGGAUUGCUGGGCCUGCUGGUCUCUGGGUUUGGCCUGGACUGUCUGAGGAUUGGAGAGAGACUGCAAGACCACAAGAGGCGACUGCUAGUCCUGGGAGGAAUCCUGUCCUGGACCUCGGGGAUCACAGUCCUGGCUCCCGUCUCCUGGGUCGCCCACACGACGGUCCGGGAGUUCUGGGAUGAGACCAUCCCAGAGAUUGUCCCCAGGUGGGAGUUUGGGGAAGCCCUCUUUCUGGGCUGGUUUGCUGGCUUUUUCCUGGUACUAGGAGGGUGUCUGCUCAACUGUGCAGCCUGCUUCACCCGCGCUCCUCUGGCUCCGGGCCACUACACAGUGGCAGAGAUGCAGACUCAGGGUCCAUGCCUGGAAAAUGGAAGUGCAGAUCCGAAAGUAUAA